AUUAGAAUUAUGCGUUGAAUGGGUGUGUGUUUAUUUUUUUACUUCUUAGGAUAACGUUGUUUCGCUUAUAACUUCAACAGUGAUGUCGGUCAGCGUAUCUAUUAUAACAACGUUUCAUGCGUUAAUGUAGAGAUUUCCCUGGCGUCUGUAGGGUUUUGAAUUUCAGCUAGCCAACUAGUGUUAGCCAUUUGUUUUGGUCAAUGUUGAUGACUAUGCUACUGCUUCUGCCAACAUUAUGCAAACGUGACGAGUUCCUUUGAAUUCAUCAUUGUUUGAUCAAAGGUUCCAUAACAAUGCCUUACUUAAGCUCAGAGGAGACGGUGAAGGAGCUGAAGAGGGCUCUCUCAAACCCCAACAUUCAGUCUGACCGUCUCCGCUACAGGAGCUACAUCCUACGUGUAAUCAGAUCCAUGACACAGGGCCUGGAUGUUUCCGCUCUCUUCAUGGACAUGGUGAAGGCCAGCGCCACAGUGGAUAUUGUCCAGAAGAAACUGGUCUACCUGUACAUGUGCACUUAUGCAAGCCUCAAACCAGACCUGGCCCUGCUGGCCAUCAACACGCUCCGCAAGGACUGCGCUGAUCCCAACCCCAUGGUGCGGGGCCUGGCCUUGAGGAACAUGUGCAACUUCAGAAUGCCAGGGAUGACUGAAUACAUACACCAGCCUAUUCAGAAUGGACUCAAGGACAAAGCUUCCUAUGUGAGGAGAGUGGCUGUGCUUGGCUGUGCUAAGAUGCAGAGUCUACAACCAAAUGCUGAAAUUGACGCCACCAUGGUGAAUGAACUCUAUGGCCUGCUGAGGGAUCCCGACCCGGUGGUGAUGGUGAAUUGUCUCCGUGCGCUCGAGGAAAUUCUCAAGCAUGAGGGCGGUGUCGUCAUCAACAAACCCAUCGCCCACCACCUCCUCAACAGACUGAAGGAGUUGGACAGCUGGGCUCAGAGUGAGGUGCUGACCUUCCUGCUCUGCUACAAGCCUCGGGGCGAGGACGAGCUCUUCGACAUCCUCAGCUUGCUGGACGCGCUGCUGCACAGCAGCCACGCCCAUGUCAUGGCCGCCACGCUCCGCCUCUUCCUGCAGCUGGCGUCUGGCCACCCGGCGGUGCAGGCCGAUGCCCUGGAACAGGCGCGAGGCCCCUUGCUGGCCACGUGUGGCUCACAGUCACGGGAACUGCGCUUCGCUGGCCUAUGCCAUGUCCAACAGGUGCUGAGAAGCCAGCCGGCCCAGUUCGGGGUGCACUACAAGCGCUUCUUCUGCGGCUACUCGGAGCCUGCUUACAUCAAGUUUCACAAGAUGGAGAUCCUAGUGGAGCUGGUCAAUGAUGAGAAUGUGGGGCUGGUGCUUGAGGAGUUGAGGGGCUAUUGCACCGAUGUUUCCCCAGAGCUCGCCCAGGCUGCCAUCGCUGCCAUAGGCCACAUUGGGCGAACCUACAGCGAGAAGUGUCUGGACAUCCUCACAGGACUUUUGGGGUUGAAACAAGAGCACAUCACGUCUGCGGUGGUGCAGACUUUCAGGGACCUGGUGUGGCUUUGCCCCCAGAGCACAGCUGCCGUGUGCCUGGCCAUUGAGGGGUGUGAGGAGAGCCUACAGGAUAGCGAGGGGAAACAGGCUUUGCUCUGGCUUCUUGGCAUGCAUGGAGACCAGAUCAGCAGUGCCCCAUAUGUCCUUGAGAGCCACAUUGAUGGACUGAAGGUUGAAACAUCCUCCGUGGUCAAACUGGAGCUCCUGACUGCCACGGUGCGCCUGUUUCUGCUGAGACCAGCGGAGAUGCAGGACAUGCUUGGCCGUUUGCUGCACUACUGCAUAGAAGAGGAGAGUGACAUGAAUGUCCGAGACCGCGCCCUUUUCUGCUACCGCUUAUUAGAGUGUGGGGUGGAUGAAACGCGACGGGUGUUUCAGGGUCCAAAGUCUGACCCUUGCAUGGGAGUCCUUACAGGUCGCCCACAAGAGCCCAUCAACAACUGGGCCUCAAAGUUCAACACCCUCAGCACUCUGUGCGGUGGUGACAUAGCCCCAGCGUCAUCUGACUCGGUGGCCUGUGACCAGCUGGGCCACAGCUCUCAGGGGGAUGUCUUGGCAGAAGCCAUAGAUGAACCCUUGUCCAUACCAGAAGAGGGCCAGCAACCUCUGGGUCUAUCCCUGGGGCCCCUGCUGUCACAUGAGGCUUUUGAGAGACACUGGCUGGAGCUCAGCAUCACGUACAAAGAAGCACUCUGCUUCCAGGUGCCCCCCUCCUCUCCGGAGACUCUCCAGGCUGCCCUACAGUUGGUCAAGAUCCAGACUCUGGCCUUCAGCCGGGAAAAGACUACACCCUGGAAAGCCUACCUGUACACCCACAGUUCAGGAACUCUAAUCCUGGCAGAGCUGCUGCAAGAUGAGUCCGAAGCUGGGGACGACAGUGCUGGUCUUGUGGUGUCUUUAAAACUGUUGCCUGAAAAUGAGUCAGCGAUUCAAGAAUUUGUCUCAGUAUUGAGGACUGUGUUGCAGACCCUAACUAAAGAUGGUUCUUGACCAGGUUGUGAAGAUUUAAAGACUUUGAUUAACCAAAACCUGUACGCAUAUGCCAUAUGGAACACACCUCGUAAUUUAAAAACUCUUGUAAUUUGUUUGAACCACGGCAAGAUUCAUUAAAGUAUGGCACAGGUAAAUUGCAUAAAUAUUUGGAUGUGAAAAGUAUUAAUAAAUUAUUUGUGCUGGCA